AUGAUAUUAAAUAAUGAAAAGAAAAAGAAAAAAAAUAUAAGAAUCAUUUAUUUCCUAGUUAUUUUAUUUUUUUAUUUGAUCAAAAUUAAAACAUGUAUGAUAAAUAUUCCUAAUAUGCUUAUUCAAAUUCCUAUGAAAAAAGUAGAUAAAUCAGAAGUCAUAAAAUUUUACAAAAAAACAUGUGUAAAGAAAGAUAUUUUCUUAUGUAACAAAAAAAAAAGAAAAAAAGAAAAAAAUAUUUUCUUAUUUAUUAAAUAUAAAUAUAUAAUUAAAAAAAAAAAAAACUAUUUUAACAAAUUAAAGGAUACAAAUAUACUAAAAGUAGAUCAAAAAGAUAAUACUGAAACUAAAAAUUAUGCUGAAAUAAAUAUAGGUGGUAAUAAACAUAAUAAUCAUUUAAAAAAUUCAGAAAUUAGUUAUACUGAACAAGAUGUUAUUACAAAAAGUUCUGAACUCAUGAAAUAUUUAAAUUUUAGUUUUGAUGAAGAAUGUAAUGAAAUAAUGAUUAGAAUAGGGAAUUUUCUUGAAGUGUCUCCUCACUUAUUAUUUAAAGAUGUUUGUGUUAAUUUAAAAAAAUUAUACACUAAUUUAUAUACAUAUGAUAACGAAAAUAUUCCAUUUGGUCAUACAGAACACACUUUAAACAUAAAUGAUGAUGUAAUAAAGCAUAACAAAUUUAAAAUAUAUUGUGUACUUGGUUUGAAGGUUUUAAGAAUUUUUUUAAUAAAAUAUUUAAGAAGCAUUAAACUUUGUAUCCCUGUAGAAGUAAGGAAGAGAUAUAUUUAUGAUUUUUUAAAAAUUGAAUAUAUAUCUAAAAUAUACGAUAAGAAAUAUAAUUUAAUUGAUUUUAGUGUGUAUAAUAACAUUUCAGAUAAACUAAAAGCAAAGCUUAUAUAUUUUUAUUUAUCCUUAAAGCCACAAGAUGUUCCUAACAUUUUAAUUAAAAUAUUUAGAGCUGCUAAUUAUAAUGAUGAAAAUGAAUUAUUAUAUAAUUAUAUUAUGAAUUCAAAAUUUACUUCAAGAGGAGGUAAGAGGUUUCGUAGAAAUAUUACAAAAGAAUACAAAAUUUUAUUUGAAAAAGAUAAAUUAAAGAAAAAACAUUCUUGUGAAAAUGAUAUACUAUGGCAAAGAUUUUUUUCUUUAAUUAAGGAAUAUAAUGCAGAAAUAGCUAAUGAAAAGAAAAUUUUAAGAGAUACAUAUCGCCUUAUCUUUAGUAAAAUUAAUUUCUCUAAUAUUGAACUAAUACAGCUAUUUGAAAAAAAAGGUUUUUAUAUUUUUGAUGAAAAUGAUAAAGAAAAUAAAAAUAAGAGUGAAGUUGAAAUUGAAAAGGAAGUUAAAUCUACUUUGAAAGAAAAAUUAAAAAUAGGAAACGAAAGAAAAAUUCAUAUUAUUAAUUAUAUCAAUAAUUUAAGAAAAUUUAUUAUUGAUUACAUUCAGAGAAACAAAAGUAUAUAUCACAGUUUUUAUCUUUUAAAAAAAAAUAUAAAUAUCCCCAAAAAUAUUUAUUAUGAUGAUAUCAUAUCAAAAAAUACAAACAUUUUUCAUUUUACUAAUAUAGAGGAUACUAUAAAAGAACAAAAAUCAGAAACUAAUGUACCAGAUGACACAAAUUAUAAAAAUAAUUCUAAUUAUUUAAACAAAAUACCUAAUAAUUCUAAACAUGAGGAAAAUGAUAAGAUGAGAGCAACAAAUGAAACAAUUGAUGUAGAACAUAAUGGAGGCGCUUCAAAGGAUAUUCAUGGAGAAAAACAGAAUAAUAAUGAAAAUAUAAAUAACUUAGAUAUUAAUACAAACGAUAAAAAAACUACAAGUGAAAGUGAUAUCAGCCUCUACUGCAAUCAAAUUGUAAAUAACAUUAUGGAUAACAUAUUAGACAUACUCAUUGAAAAUUCAGGAUUUAAAAACAUAAAAACGUUAUUUGGAAUAUACAAUUCAUUAAAAAACAAUAAAGAAUUUAAAUUAAUCCAUUUUAAAAAUAAAUUCUAA